AUGAGUCGUAUUCGAGGGUUUGAUCUAGUUACCAUUGGUGUUGUGUCGCUUGUAGGUAUAUACACUGGGGCUAGGUUUUUCGAGCCCAUAGUGCUGGGACAACUAGAGAAGGAUGGCCACUUGCGCAAGGACGUAGCAGUACCGAAGUAUGAUGAGGACGGUAAUCUAGUUGUGCCUCAAGGCACAUUUGCAGGUGCGACAGCACCUGCAAAUAUAAGUACAGGUACAGGUACAACUACAAGUACAAGUACACCCAACCCAGGAAACCUGGGAAACCUGGGAAACUCGGGAACUCCGGGAGACUCUACAUGA